ACGCAGACACAACACACACAGACGGGCAAAGACGACAGACACAUCAGCAGAAGCUCAUGAAUGUGUGUAUGUACUCACAUAUCAGAGCCUCGCCGUCCACCUGACGCAUACCGACAGUCAUAUGGUGAAGUGCGCUCUCUCUCUCUCUCUCUUUGUGUGUCUGUGUAUGUGGGGUGGGGGUGUGUGUCGCUUCGUUAGUGUGCGCACCUUGUGGUGCCCCUCUCGAUUUAUUGCAGCUACUAUCUGCCGAACACCCUGGCUGCAAUGAUGGGUAUGUAGUUCGGAAGUCACUGGAAAGCGGUCAACAGUCGUGAUGGAUGGAUGGGUACGAGCUGAUGGACAUGGCAACACACAUGAGCUUUCAUUUGAGUAAUUUGGUCUAUCGACACGACCGAGUGGUGACUGAUCGAGACAUCCACUCACCCACCCACCCGCACACACACCAGAUCUGCGUCGUACAAUGAAUCGAUAUCCGUCUCAUUUCGGUAUGCGUCAAGACGGAAAGGCGCUCCACCGAAUCAUCCAGACAUGUACGUACUCACUCGGACAAACCGCACACACACACACACACACACAGAGGGAAGACACACACAGAGACGGCACUAGAUGCAGGCCACACAGCAUGACAAGGAGAGAAGCAAGACAGCCAGGCAGACAGCCAGGCAGACAGACAGGAGACGGGCAGAGAUCGAGGGAGGUGACGUGCGGUGAGCACUGGACUUGUAGGCCACUAGAAAGACUUAUAGGUUAGCCGAGGUCGCAUCGUCGCAUCGACGCUCACGCAGGGAGGCAGGGAGACAGGCAGGCAGGCAGACAGGCAGGCAGCUUAUUCUCCUCCUUCCUACACACCGUACACACAAUCACCGCUACCACACGUACUGUCGAUCCCCCUUUAGAAAACGAUGUCCCUUUAGAAAACGUUAAUUCGAUGAGGCCUCUCCCCUCUUCUCUCUCUUCUCCCUCAUUUUUAUCGCCGUCUUACCUUCGUUCGUUCAUGCGCCGGCCGAAGUGGAUUUGUGCAUCUUCUAACCGAUGUACAAACGAACAUGCAAAAACACCGACCGACCGACCGACUGACACAAUCCGCCACUUCCACGUAUCACACGGAGGCACGCACAUGCACCAGCGCUGGUUGGUGGACCGGUGGAGCGUCAAAAAACAUGCAGGAAGUGGUUUGGUACGUACGAAGGCACAUGCACAUGGUUGUCUGUCUGUCUGUAUGUAUGCACUUGCUUGCGAGAGCCUCGUUGGUGCUGUCGAGUAAGUAAGAAGAUCGAGGAAGCUGGCUACCACCACCGCCGCGACCAUCACCAACGUCAACACAAGCGCUGCACAGAGCCAGCCGCAAGACUGAGAGAGAAUACAAAUGGCCGACCUGGUUGGUUGGGCGCGUGCAUCAAGUCAGCAGGUGGAAGUUAGUGGGUAGCUGUACUUGUACGUACGUACUUGGGCGCACACUGUGUAUAUCGAUCAGUGGUGGCUAUGUUACUCCAUACGCAAGGUAUGUGUAUAUAUGUAUAUGCAUAAGUGUAUGUGUAUAAGUAUGUCUGUACGAUUAUCAGAGUGAAUUCACAGAGCCUGGAAGGCACCAUGGUGAGACAUACACGAGACAAGAGGGAGAAAGGCCGCUCAUAUGUAUAUUCGACACACACACCCGCUGCACAACCACAAUCCUCUCACCCUCACUUAGCUUAUCAAACUACAGCCAGCAGAGAGAAGGUAUACAUGCCAUGCAUUGAUUUAUGCGCACUAAACGACGAAGGCAUUCUCGGCACUGGUCAGCGGGCGUGUAUGUCCCCAUGUAAACGCCCAUCCCAUCCGUCCCACACUCACUCAGGCAGACAGAUGGAGAGAGAGAGAGAGAGAGAGAGAGAGACCGGUACACAGACAGGCGAGCAGGCAGGCAGGCAGGCAGGCAGGCAGACCGAAAAAAGGGAGACACAAAUACUCAUACGCAGCAGCAAGGAGGGCCGGCACAGGCCAGGAGAGGACACGCAGACAGGUAGCAGGUGGCGGACAUCGGUCGCUGGUCGUAAGGCUUCCCACAUACAUCCAUACACGAAACGAACACUACCUAAAUGUCGAGUGACCGGUGCAUGUAGUACACACAUUGCGUGUGGUAUAUCUAUGUGUGCGUGUGUGUACAUGUACAUGUACGCAUCGAUCGUGCGUCGUGGACGUGUAUGUGUAUGUGUAUGUGUAUGUGUAUGUGUGGGACAGCGCAAAAGAUGAAAGAGGUACGUACGGAGGCAGGAGGAAGCAAGCAAGCAAGCAAGCAGGUAGGCAACACGAGAGAGAGCGACGCCAAGCCAUCGGUCGAUUGAUCGACACACACCACACACCAACCCAAAUGCACCCGCACUCAUAUUCACCCAUUCCUCCGUUUAGUCGUCACCCCGUCAGACGACCAGCAGCCAACAAAGACGUGCAAGCCAAACGAAAAAAGCGAAUUGCAGCCACCCAUCUAGGCAGCCAUUGCGCACCCAUAUCAAUUACAUAUCGUCACUCAGUCAUUACCCAUCCGGCUGUCUCACGGUCGGCCGUCGGCCUCAGCGCGCGCUGGCUCUUGCUGUGUGUGUGCUUGUGUGCAUCGAAAAGACCCCACCCGGCAGAAUAUAAUACUAAGAAAACCCACCGACUCCCCCAGCAUACUAUCCUGCACCACACCCACAGACACGCUCAAGACCGACCGACCGACCGAUCAACAGACCCAUCCGCAUACACUCAGACUCACAGCACCCAUCAAUACGAAGAAACACCGACAAUAAGGGGAACGGAAACGCGCAGCAUCGAGUGUGUUUGGUUGUGUUGUAUAUGUGUGUGUCACCAAUGGUGGAUGGUGGACGGCUGAAACGGGCUGGGCGACGGAAUGGAAAACAAAACAGCACAGCACACCCAUCCUGCCCUCUUCGUAUCAACACAUGGCAUGGCAUGGCGUGAUGUGAUGUGUGUACUGUUACGAAAGGAAAAAACGAGACCCACCCACCCACCAAACAGACAACCAGGCAGAGCGAGCGGAGUCAUCCCAUCGAUCCAUGCAGGCGUCAAGUGCGGGGGCGUGCGACAGGUCGCCCCGGGUUUAUGUGGAUCUGCCCGUUCCUCAGUUGCCGGAUGCCCCACUCCAGCUCGGUGUCGACGCACAUGCAGUCCCGCUGGCACGUCAGCAUCUGCAUGAUGCACGACACGCACUGCUUCCCACCCUCACCCUGCCCACGCAGCGGCGACCGGAUGGUACUCCGGCCGGUCUCGUCCUCCAUCGCCACGGUGGUCGACACCGUGGGCGUCCGCUCGUUGCCCAGCAGGUACUCCACACCCGCCGUCACACGGGCCGGUGUGCCCGCGUCGGGUGCCAUGGGGAUGGGCAUUGGGAGGUUGGCCACGAAGAUGGGUAGCUGGUUGUUGCACCAGUCGGCCAGCCACUUGGCGUCCUCGGGCGUCAUUCUCUGGUACGUUCGCAGCACCCUGGUCGGCGACUCACUGACCCGUGGCGGGACGGCCACGGGCAAUGCCUCGGUGCGGUGGGAGGUGGGAGUGGUGUUGUUGCUGCGCGAAGACUCGCUCUUAGGGAGGCGGACUGGACACACACAGGGGCACAGACCCACAGACACACGUGCAAUUAUCGCGUUCAUGUGUGUGUGGCAUCCCCUUCGCCUUCCUAGAUGGUUGUCUCACUCUUCUCAGGCUGCACUGCAGCGCUUCUGACGGGCGAGACGGGGGGCUUCUUCGCCUUGACCGCAACCACGGCAUGGCUCGACACCACCUGGGGUGUCUGGCCGCAGUCGAAGUCGGCGUUCUUGGGUGUCGGCUCAGGCUCGCCGUCGAGUUCGACGUUGUCGGUGGCAAUGGGCGAGACAGAAGGGGUGUAGUCCUGACACACACAAACACACACGCAAUACCACACAUACAGGUGACAAAUAGUGCAUCCAUCCCUCCUCGAUGGAGCUUACCAGAGGCAGGUCCCUCUGAGCGUUGAUGGUGGAUGAUUUUGACUCGACUGACGAGUGGCACGACGCGGGGCUGUCGUCAUCGCCCUGCUGCACUGGAGGGUUCACCUGCUCACGCACCACCACUUGGACGGCAGGCGGGGUGAGAGGCUGCGCUGCUGCUGCUGCUGCUGCUGCUCGUGCUUGUGCGGGCCUCCUGCGGUGUCGUGUGGGGGGCAGCGAGGAGAUGCAGGGGUGCCGGGUGAGCGUCACGAGGCGGCGUGCCCAUCGGAGCCGACCGCCAGACUGACUGGCGGACCUGUCGACGAGGCGGUCCUUGUCGCUGCUGGUACCGUCCCGCCCACGCUCCUUGCUGCCUCGUCGGCGUCUCAGGAACAUGUUUGGAGCCUCGCGCUUC